UAUUAAAAUUUAAAAAACCCUAAAAAAAUAAUAUCAGCACAGCAGUUCCAUAAUAAAAUCGAGAAAACAAGUUGAAGGUGCAACGACUCAAGUUUGGCCGUAAAAAAGCAGAAGCCGGAAAACACAGCCGAAGUUGGUCACCGGCCGCCAAAAACGGUGAGAAAAUCCAGGUUUUAUUUCUUCUUCUUCUCGAGCUUCCUUCCACUCUGCACCGUGAUUGCGCGCUAAAGCGCCGCAAUUGAAAACAGCUUUUGAAAUUCCCUUCUUUUAGGUUUUUUGCUUCUGAUUAUGACCCUGUUUUGUUAGGCUUUUCACUUCCUUUUAUUCCUGUCGAUUGCACAUUUGAGUGACACGUGGAAAAAGUAAAUCAAACGGCUGAGAUUAAAUCGUUACAUUGUUUUUAAUUAAUAAUAAUGAAAAAAAGGGCUUGUCUUCGUCUUCUUUCUCUGAAAGACUGAAACAAUACAGUUCAUCUUCUCCGUCUUCCUCUUUCCGCCGUUGCUGCCGUCUCCACCACCGCCCACGUCGCCCGUCCUAAAAGCGGUGUUCUUACUCUCUUCUGCUACACAGCGGCGUUCUUCUUCCUUUUACACGCCGCCUUGCUGUCUCACCGUCGUCUUCUAAAUCGCUCCACCUCUUUCAAUUCACUUUCUCUUUUCCCUGAUUCAGUGUUGCUCCUCUGGUUUACCAUAGUUAUUCAUCAUUAACGUUCCUCACUAUAUUUCUCUGUUUCCCUCAAACGACUGUUGACGGCGAAUAAGACAGUUGAAAGUGGAAGAAGAUGAUGAACCCAAACAUCGGCACCGAUGGUAAAGAACAGAAACUAAUCCAAAUCAUAACAACAAUGCUAUUAACCAAUCACAAUAAUCCACAACAACCUAAUCUUCAACCUUUCAUCCCUCACUUCACUCUCCCAAUCAUAAUCUCAAUCCUUUCAUUCAAACCACUUCAUUCUCAUCCCAAAACCCUAAUUCCAUUCUUCAAAUGGUUCCAAUCAAACGCACCUUCAUCUCUCUCUCAUUCCCCUAAACCACUUCUCACUAUCCUCCCUCCACUUCUCUCUCGCCGUCAAUUUGCAGCCGCUAAAUCCCUCCUCCUUGAUUUCAUCACUUCCGAUCACCCUCGUCAUACUCUCCAUCACCAUCUCAUUCGCGCCGAUCAUUCUGUCCCGAAACCACUUCUUGAUACUUCAGUAUCUGCUUAUGUUCACUCUCAACAGCCUGAACUUGCUUAUCAGAUUUUCAACAAAAUGAAACGCCUUCGUUUUCGACCGAAUUUGCUUACUUGUAAUACUCUGCUCAAUGCUCUUGUUAGGUCUAAUUCUUCUCACUCUGUUAAUUUGUCAAGACAGGUUUUUAAGGAUUCUGUUAAGCUUGGUGUUCAACCUAACAUUAAUACUUUUAAUAUUUUGAUUUAUGGUUAUUGUUGUGAUAAUAAAUUUGAUGAAGCCUUUCGGUUGAUUGAUCAAAUGGGGGAAUAUGGUUGUUGUCCUGAUAAUGUUACUUAUAAUACUGUUUUGAAUGUUUUGUGUAAGAGAAGUCAGUUGAGUAAAGUUAGGGAUUUGUUGCAUCAAAUGAAGAGUAGUGGUCUUGUUCCUAAUAGGAAUACUUUUAAUAUUUUGGUUCAUGGGUAUUGUAAGAUGAAAUGGUUGAAAGAAGCUGCUGAGGUUAUUGAAUUGAUGACUGCGAGUGAUAUGUUACCUGAUGUUUGGACUUAUAAUACUAUGGUUAGAGGUUUGUGUGAUGAGGGUAAGAUUGAUGAGGCUGUUAAGCUUAGAAUUGAGAUGGAGAAUUUGGGAUUGGUUCCUGAUGUUGUUACUUAUAAUACUUUGAUUGAUGGGUGUUUUGAGCAUCGGGGUUGUGAUGCGGCGUUUAAGUUGGUAGAUGAAAUGAAGUUGAGGGGAGUCAAGGAGAAUGCUGUGACUCAUAAUAUAAUGGUUAAGUGGUAUUGUAAGGAAGGUAAGAUUAAUGAGGCAAGCAAUGCAAUGGUGAAGAUGGCGGAAAGUGGGUUUCCUCCGGAUUGUUUUACUUAUAACACGAUGAUUAAUGGUUAUUGUAAAGCUGGAAAAAUGGGAGAUGCUUUUAAGAUGAUGGAUGAGAUGGGAAGGAAGGGUUUGAAAACAGAUACUUUUACUCUUAACACCAUAUUGCACACUUUGUGCUUGGAGAAGAAGCUAGAUGAUGCAUACGAUCUGAUCCUAAAUGCAAGGAGGCGAGGUUAUAUUCUUGAUGAGGUAACUUACGGAACUCUAAUCAUGGGGUAUUUCAAGGAUGAACAAGCAGAUAGGGCAAUGAAGCUUUGGGGUGAGAUGAAGGAAAAAGGGAUUCUUCCCACUAUUGUCACUUAUAACACUGUAAUCAGAGGGCUGUGUCUGUCUGGGAAAACUGAUCAAGCUGUAGAUAAAUUGAACGAGCUUUUAGAGAAGGGUUUGGUCCCCGAUGAAGCUACUAGUAACAUAAUUAUUCAUGGUUACUGCUGGGAGGGAGUGGUAGAGAAAGCAUUUCAGUUCCAUAACAAAAUGGUAGAACACUCUUUGAAACCAGAUAUUUUCACAUGUAAUAUUCUUCUCCGAGGACUUUGCAGAGAGGGUAUGUUGGAGAAAGGUCUUACCCUAUUUAACGCAUGGGUCUCUAAAGGGAAGCCCCUUGACACUGUUACCUAUAACAUUAUAAUAUCCUCGUAUUGCAAAGAAGGCAGACUUGACGAUGCUUUUGACCUUGCGACUGAAAUGGAGGGGAAAAAUUUAGAGCCUGACCGGUAUACCUACAAUGCUAUUGUGAGUGGGCUUAUUAAUGCUGGUAGAACCGAGGAAGCAGAGAAAUGGGUGUCGGAACUUGCAGAGAAAGGUAAAGAUGUGAAAACUCCAGACAUUUCUCCAGAGGUUGGUACAAGUGAUAUGAUGUACUCAGAGCAAAUAAGUAGUUUGUGUACUCAGAGGAAGUACAAAGAAGCAAUGAAACUGUUUCAACAGGCAGAGCAGAAAGGAGUCAGUUUAAGUAAAUAUACAUAUAUAAAGCUAAUGGAUGGACUUUUAAAGAGGCGAAAAAGCAUAUCAAAGGCUGCCAGAUAAGAUUGACGCAAUAAUUUUCUCGCUCUCACUCACAACUCUCAUUCCAAAGCACUCGAUCUGAACGCUCACAACUCUUGCCUCGUCCUCUCCUGUGUGGAUCUUCAGCUCAGGUUCGGUGCUCUCCAUUUUUCCAAUGUAGUCAAUCAUCUUGUUUUUUCUUUAGUACACUUUCUCUUCAUCCAUAAGUAGUUGCAAAAUACGAGAAAUUUAAUUGGAGCCUAAACUAAGACUAAGUCGUUUUGAUGCCGAGGAUAAUUUUGCAUUGCUUGUAUAUUUUAAUCAGGAAAGUACUGCAACUUAACUGGGACUUGGUCUUCUGAAAAAUAAAUGUCAAAAAGAUAAAUAAGAAGUAAGGUUAAUAUUAUUCUAUGCCUUAAUAGAAUCAGAGUGUUAAAGGAUGACAACACCGGGGUAAAAGUCACCUGUCAAUGACAAAAGAUUGUGGUUCUCUUAAAUUUUCUUACAAUACUAAUUUGUAGUUAGUACUAGUUUUGUCAAAUAGCGGCUAUACUAGUGGCAGUAUAACCUACAACAUGGCGGAAUUUGAACAAAUCGCUAAUGUUCAUGUAUACGCUAUUUAGUUCAAAGUGUUGUCAAAUAGUAGUUGCAGUACCGCUAUAGCACUGUACCUCUAUUGAUAACUUUGUUGUAGUUGUAGAACUUGAUUGUCUGCCUAUAGGAGUUUGAACUUUUAUUGAACAUGGUCCUCUUAUCACUAAUUUUGUUGAAUCUCUUACAUAGAAUAAGAAUAGUUGAAUAGUGUGUGUAAUGUGUACUUUUUUGAAACUUGAAAGAAUUAGAAUGAAUAAAUUAUUUUUUACAUUCCACCCAUGCAAACACUCAUAUAUAUAUAUAUAUAUGUCUUUGUUAAAUGUUUGAUUGUUCUGCUGUUUUAGUUGAUAGGGUUGGAGAUCUAUAUACUGGUUCUUGAUUUGCUGUGUGAUUAUAGCUUGAGUAGGAAUGUUUGUGAUGUGAGUUUACGAAUAUUUCAUAUGUUUUUAAUUUUAAUACUUAAAUAAAGAUUUUAUGAUCG